AUGGAUGCCCAACUUGGCAACACAUGGAAGACCCCUGACAUCGGUCACUUGGCCCUUCACUACCUAUGCCCUGCCCUGAUGAGGAUACUUCAGGAUGGACUCCGCCCUCAUAGUACCAGUUUCUUGGUGGGACGCAUCAAGAACACAACUUGGACCAUCGUUGAGGCUACUACACAACUUGGUCCAGGAACUCGAUUACUUCAUGAACUCGCAUCCACCGUGUCUAAAGACAUUCGUCUCAAAGACAGCAAGUUAAGAACCCAUGCUUUCUUCCUUGGCCUCCUCAACAUCCGUUGUAUGGAGACUUGGCUUGAACACAUCAGGACUUAUCCAGAAUCCAUCAAACGUCUUUAUGAGCCCACCGCAUUUCUUUCUCUGAUCAACACUGCCCCUUUCCAGCAACUCUUCAGUGAUCUUCUUGUGGCUGUUCAGCCUCUUGCUCAGCUCCCCUUCAAUCUUGACCAUGGUUUUGAGUAUGGUUACAUUCAGGCAGAGAAUAUGAGGCAGAGGGAGAAACAGCAGCUUAUGGAACAGCACAUUGAAGGUGCACAACAUGGUGGACUCAAUACUAAUAGUCUAGUGGACGCAAGGCAACAAACGGAGGGAGGUAAUACAAGUGGAUUCCCCACCGUACACCUCUUUGGACGGGCGCCGAGACGGGACGUAGUGCCCUCGCAGAGGUUAAACAACACAGGCAUGUAUAGCUCAAUGACUGUCAAGCGCAAUAUGCGCAGAGUAACUCCAGUAGGGCGGCAGGAGUCUUCAGAACAGCCUACUAUGCAAGGAGGGCUGUUGAGGACAGUGAAUAGCACCCCUGUGGAGAAUGUAUCAGGUCAUGAACUGGAGACAGGGAGCGGUCCAAUGAGACCGAACCCUGUAAAUCCUCAGUCAAAUAGAUGGUCACUUGGAUGGAUCAAGGAGUUUGCAUCGUCUGUGGCUGCACAACAACCAGAGAGGACACCUUCAAGAACUGUACAGAGCAGUUCUAAGUAUGAUGUAGGGAGGAGGAGUAAGAGUGUGGACCUACAAGGUUCUAUGGUAUCACAGGGCUUCUCAGUCUCAUCUGGAUGGGGCAAGAUUGGAGCAAGCUUCUCCAAGAUGUGGAAUCAAGUGAUGCCCCCACAGGCCCCUGUUGAGCCCAAACCAGUCCCAUCCACUCCCCCACCUACCCCAUCAAUGGAAGAUGAAAUAAGACAGGUUGGUGAUGGUCAGAGCCCAUGCCAACACCAUUCACCUACAUCAUCCAAACCAAGCCCAGGGAGUCCUGUAAAGACUCUCUGCCACCAUGUCAGCAUGACAGAAGGUGAACUAUGCUUCUCCAAGGGCGAUGUCCUCACCGUUGACAGACAGGUGGAUCCAGAUUGGUUACUCUGUUCCCAUGGUAACGAAUCAGGCUUGGUCCACAUCGAGUACGUCCAGGGUCUGGAAUGAAGUUUCUGCCCCUGACCAGCAUGCCGAAGCGUCUGACCAUUCAUGUCCAUGGCAUUGUAGCCAUGACAACAAAGAUCCAUACCCGAGGCCUUGAAGGCCUUUGAUGUGAUAAUGAAUGAAACUGAUGUACAAGUUGCUGUGUAUAUACACUCACCUUCAUCUUCAGUUCAGAAUGAGGUUAUACGAUGCUCUUCUGGACCAGCAGAUAUUGCCUGAUUGUCUCUGUUAUAAUAAGAAUACUAAAAAUCAGACAUUGCAUUUGUACUUAAUGCACAAUUAUACAUUAGUGCAAUCACUUAAUCUGCCAUUUGACAUGCUGAAAAUGCAUUGAUUUAAAAGCAGUAAAUGUAAUAUGAAAAUAGCUAUAAACAAGGUUUAUGAAAAAUAUAAAUAUUAUUGAAAUUGUUGAAAAUUGCUAAAUGAUACUUAUAAAACUUUUUUCAAAUAUCACAUGAAUAUCAGUUCCUACUAUAAAGUUACAAUAUGGACAGAUACUAUACAAACUUAUGCAAGCAGAUGUAUAUUUGCACAUUUUGUCGUGAAUACUUCUUUUCAGUGCAAUUUUACUGAAGAAAAAGUAAGUGCUGUUUUUGUCAAAUUAUUUACACUUAUACCUUACUUGCUUUUACGCGAUACAAUAAUAUGAGGAAGUUCAAAACACAUGGUGUUCAGUUUCUGAAGGACAUUUUUUAUGAAAAAAAAGUAAUUCAAAGUUAUUCUCAUUGAAGCAUCAUUGAAGCAUCAUUUGACAAACAACCAAGCAAAGAGUUCUAGAUAUAAUUUACCUUUAUUAUGUGACCAAAUUAAAUUAUAAAUACCUGAUUGGCUAAGAUAAUAUCUAUUUAUUGGCAAAUUGAUAUUGAGUGAAAGUAUAUAUUUGAGUAAUGUUUUCUUUCCAUUAAGACAGUUAACUUUGAAUUUAUAUCUUUUGUAUUUACAAUGGACUCCAAAAAAAGAAUGACUGAUUGCUUCAAUGAAAUAAUUCUACUUCCAAUUCCUACAAAAAUUACUGAAAAAAUUACGAUAUUCUAUUUAAUGUUAUUUAUCAAAUGAAUGAAUCAAGAAUACAUAAUUUGCUUUCUACUGCCACAUGGCCACCUUAUUUCUUACAGUCUUGCCUACUAUGAUCAUCUCAGCGGAAUUAUCCAUAAAAAAAAAUUGUCUUAGAAAAAUUAAAAAUCCUGUAUUUAUUUAAUAAAAAUAUAUAAGAUGUAAAAUAUGAAAAUAUUUACCUCUCUGUAAAGGGAUUGUUGCUUUGGUCUUAGGUUUAGCCCACCUGUAAAUUAUGCUUAUUUGUUUUGUACACUAAUGUACAUAUUCAUUUAUCAUUGGUUUCAGAAUAUUUAUUUGAAAAAAAUGAGUGGCAGCUCACAAUAGAUUGUUUUGUUUUUAUCUUGCUUGGUGAACUUCCUGCUCAAAACUCUUGGGGAGCUUGAAUGUUAAACAUUGGUAUUGGUAAUGUACAGUUUUAUUUUAUAAUCAUGUUAGGGUAGGAAAUUUUGAAGUGAAUCCAAUCUUUUUGAGCUGUACUGAUGGCUGUUCAUAUAUAGCUUGCAGUAGGUAUGGACAAGAUGAAUGACUUUCAGACAUGAAGUAAUCAUUUAUGUAAGAAAUUUAAUCUGAUUUUGGUAAUGAAUAAAGUUUCUGGUGGUUUUAAAUUCAUAGUUACUAGAUAUCCCCACACCCGACAUGCCUUGAAGUAGGGUCGAGUUAAUACACUGAAGGAUUUUUUUUAAUGAGAUAUUUCAUGUUUUCUGAUGUUUUUUUAAAUAGUAUCAAAUUUUAUUUCAUAGUGACUACUGACUAGUUUCAUGCAGCUAAGUUUCUUUGAGGCUUUACAAGUUUUGUUGUAGUUCAGUAGCUUCAAAGCUUAAUAGCUCAGUAUCUCAGUGGCCUUGUGGCUUUAUUAGCUCGGUGGCCCAGUGGUUCAGUCGCUUGUUGGCUAAGAAGCUCAGUAACUUGGGGGUCCUUAACUUGUAGAGCUCGGAAGCUUAGUAGCUCUUGUGCUAAUCAUUUAGUCAAUAUAAAGAAAAUUACAUCACACAACUCAACAACAAUAAUAUGAGUAUUUCAGAUCAUUAUUCAUUUUCAAUGUUUUAUUGUAUUUUUUAAUCAAAUUUUAAAGGUUUUGGUAGUCUCCCUUUUAUAUUGGAAAUUCUUCCUAAAUCAAACACUUCUGUGGAAGUCAGGGGGAACAAUACAAUAGAAUGAUACUUUAAAUCCAGUCAAAUGGUAAUUUGGUAAUAUUUUACCUUUAUUGGAAGCAGCAAGUGUUUUAUUGAGGUUCAACAACCUGGAGAAUGUAACUCGGCACUUAAUGAAACUUUUCUUUGAUUCCACCUUUUAUGAUAAAGAAACUUUUCUUUUUUAAUUGAAGUUUACUUAAAAUACCAGUACCAUGAAAUUAAUGAGACACUUAUUUCAAAUAAUGAGUAGACUUUCUUUUCUUAGCUUAAAAACCACUUUGUUUUAAAUUACGAUCUUAAUUUUUCAAUCUUUAGAUAAUGGGGUUACUCAUGCCAUGUGGGUUUUACCAUAUUAUAUAAACUUGAUAAUUAUGUAAUAAUUCUUGCAUUUUAAGAGAUGUAUGGGAUGAAAACAGUUGACACAAACUUUGAUAAUAUGUCUAUUUAAAUGUUAGUGUGAAGCAGGAGUUGUUCCGAGUUCAUAAAACAUUAUUGUGAGCUGCCAUAUCAUGUGUACAUUAUUAGUAUUUAAAAAAAAAGAAUUUCUGCAUUUUUUUUACAGUGAAUAUGUUUAUGAUUAUGCAACCUAGCUUUUAUGCUUCUGUACAAACAUAUUUCCUCCCCAACUCAGUAUGCAUGUGCAAGUAAAUAUUUUAGGCCAUUUUCACGAAAAUGACCAUAUUUUCAUUUGAGUUAAUCAUCAUCCAUUAGAGCUUAGGAUAUGCACGCAGUGUACAGACAGGUGUGUUUCUCAAUAGAACUUCUGAGCCCUUGUACAUUAUUAUUAAUGAAAAACCUAUAAAAAUUACAAAAAAUCAUUGUCCUUCUGUCUCCACAUAUGUUGCUUGUAUUAUAGUGACGUAGAGUCGUUUUAUCUUCAAAUAUUUACAUAGAUUUCCUGAAAAGGAUAUCAUAAAUUCCAGAUCUUGAUGCUUGACCCUCAUUCACAGAAAGUUUUUAAGCUUUAAAUAACUAUGUUCUGGAAUUUGUAAACCUUCACAAUUGAAUAACUCCACUUCAUCUUUGCAGGGUUGUAUUUUUAUCAUCUAUGAAAUAUUUUUGGGGGAACAAGAUUGUCUGACAGAAUGAAAUGCUACUUCAACAGUGUAGUUUGGGGUAUUAAGUGUUUUGUUCUUGCUGAAAUAUGUAGUGCAAUAGAAAAAAGGGUUUGCAUACCAAAUGCUGAAUCUAUUAUGUAAAAGAAUGCUUGUUCAAGUUUGUAUGUAGGUUACGCAUAAUAUCUAAUACUCUGGUUUUAAGUAUCAGAAGUUAAACAAAUGAGUAUUUUAUGAGCAUACUUUGUAAUAAGAAACAGGUUAUUCUUGUAGAAUGAGGAUUUGGUGUCAGGAAGGAAAAACGAACAGAAAUAUAUUGUAUGUUAUACAUCAAAUAAUGAUAUAAAAGUGUGUGACAGUGCUCAAAAUACUAGCUUCAAAAGUUAUAAUUCAUUUAUCAUGAGUAAAUAGUUUAUCUGGACAGCAGUUUAGAAGAAUUAUUUACCAAUCAAAUUCAUUAAUUAACAUAUGCACCCAUCUCUAUUUUAAUAGGAUAGAUAGCAAUGUCAUAUUCAACCUGAACCUGGAAAGAUAUUUUCAAAAGAACCAAAGUACCUUUUGAGAUUUGUGAUUGGGAGGUCAAUAUUGAAUUCAGUAUUUGAUGUUGCAGUUUGUGAGAUAAAAAAGAGGUACUAAAAAUAUAAUAAAUGUAUUUAGGGGGAGAAAUCUGAUUUCUUGUAUUAAACCUUGCAUUUGAUCUAAGGUGCUGUAUAUGGAGUAUAAAUCAGCAGCAGCAGGAGUAAAUACUAGGUCUCUCUCAAUCGUUAUUUGUAUGAUGUAUAUGUGAUGUUCUGUAAAUGACUCCUUUGUGAGCGAUGUUUGCAUCUUUUUAGACUGUAUAUGUGGCAUUCCUGUGCAGAGUAUGCAAAAGUCAGAUGAAUCUAAAGCCUGUAGAUAUGUGAGGUAGUCUGAGGAAUGUAAAUGUUUUGCAUGUAAAAAGGUGUUUUUUGUACUCAGGAAAGGUAAAUUCAAAUGAGAUUUGAUGUUGAGAGAAAAAGAGAGGGGUAAAAAAAGGAUACCUAAUUACAAUUAUUAUCAGUUUGUGUAAUUGUGUUUUAUCUUUUCCUUAACUACUGAUAUAUUGUAGUCAGUCAUUUUUUCAAUGGAAAUUGCCCUUUAUAAUGAUAUCAUUCAAUCCUUUUUGGCUUUAUUUCUCUUUUUUUUGGUCGUUCCAUCCCAAUUACUUAGCAUAUUUGAAUAAUCUAUGCCAAAUCCUUCUUACCAAAAGCUUUCCAAGCAUAUCCUAUGUUCAACCUAUGUUUCAGAUGUUUGUUUGUAAUAAAACGUUGUCCUUGUGAAGUAGAA